CUUGAGAAAAACAUGGAGAGGAGGAGUAGAAAUUUGUUCUGAUUUCCAUCUAUCUUGCCACGAAACAAGACAACAAAUCGGCGGUUCUUGUUUAGUGAACAGGCUCGACAUUUCGUCAUGACGUUUUACGACAACUAUUAUGAGACAGUUUUACCGGAUCUUCCCUCGUACGAUUUUGUUCUAGACGAUAGCCCGACAUGCCACCAAUCUCUGAAGUACUGGACUGAUCGAGCAGCUGAGGUAACCGCAAACAUCACGUCUGUUUUCAUGAUUUGUUGUCUUGGUUUUGUGCUGUUCCACAAAAAUCUUUUAACUGCGAUAAUAUUGUGGCAAAGUAUCAUUGUCACGUAGUCUUAGCCAGCGGCGGUUUUUUAUACGGAAACUGCGACUUGUGACUUAAGUGAAAACAGCUGUUUGUAAACUAAUAUAAGUUAAUGACAACAUCGGUUUUUUGUGGUUUUAUAAUUGGUCUUAAGCUAUUUUCUUGAGUAUUUAAACGUGAUCUAGGUGCUUGGCAUUGAGACAAUUUGACUAAAAAUAAUAUUGUUGGAAAUCCCGGUGACGUCUUGUAAUGACAUUUAAAACGUUUUGACACCUGCUCCAAAUCUUGGAACUAAUGGCUCCCCGCUGCGAGCGAAUCAUACAUUAGACUGUACACUGUAGGUUUUCUGAAUACCUGGAGAGCUUAUGCACUGCUAACUCAGUAUAACUAAACUUCAUGUCAGAUCUUUUUCCUUUUGGCCAACUCCAGAGGAUGAACCUAGAUUGCACAGACAGGCCAUUAUACGUAGUUGUAAAUAAGGCCUGGUCAAAACGUCUUGGGACACUUGAGGAAAUUAGGUACAAAGACGCACUUUGCUAAAUUAACUCAUAUUCUACCUCUAAAAAAAGCUUGGCAAUGUUGUUAAAAGGGGCUAUUUCUGCUGUUCCCCUCUCCCCCAAGCAGUGUUGAUUGUGUUGAAUAAUAAAACUUGAAUACAUAAUGUCAACACUGCACCAAGGGGGAAGGGGGGAGGGAAGAUGCCUAAAUUUGACAAGCUAUUGCGUUAGUGUCUUAAGAGUUUUGACCAGGGUUGUAGAAAAUAUCAGUCUCCUUCUAGUUGUUGGUGUAGUGAAGAUAUUUUAUAUUUUUUUUAGAUAUUUUAAAGAGCUAAAAGUCAAUUUAACUUUCUGCACAUUGACGAUGGAAAGAGUUUGUAUCCCUUUUUCCUUUGUUGUUUUAAGUGGAAGGAGGCUAGGCUGAUACUUGGUGUAAAAACCUGUAAAACUUAGGAGUGAUGUAAAAAAAUAAUUAAUGAAGAUGAAGAAAUGAUUGUCGCAGUGAACACAAUUUAUGCAAUUGCGUAAAGAAGCCUGAAAAAAAUUCAGGACUUCAACAGGGUUUGAACCCGUGACCCAGUGUGAUGCUCUACCAACUGAGCUAUGAAGCCACUGACGUUGGGAGCAGGUCAAUUGUGGGUUCAAGCUUCAGGCUUCUUUACGCAAUUACAUAAAUUGCGUUCACUGCGACGAUCAUCUCUUCAUCUUCAUUUCAUUUCCGCAGUUCAUAUAUGAUUUAUUUCAUAUAUCAUUAACAAAAUAAUUAUUAUAAACAAGCCGCUGAAAAGUCAACAUAAUAGAGCCAAGGAAAAUAAUAGCUAGAAAACAAAGAAAAACUUCACAGGUUUUUACACCACAGAGGAUAUAGGUAGCUGGUAAGAGGCAUUGUAGGAACUUCUGCCUUUUGUUAUUUGAUUGAUGGUAUUUUAUCCUCUAGAUCACCCCUGGGUUAUCAAAACUCUCAAGCACAGUAGAGUCCUAUUAUAACACUGGCUUACAACAUAGUCAGGCUGCAGUUGGGUUUGGAAGUGCUCUGUCUGAUGUGGCUAAAACUCUUCAGAAUGAUAAAGAUAUAAGUGAACCUAUACUAAAGGUAAUAAAAUAUUUUUUAAAAAAGUCAUCUACUGGUACUGUAAAAUUUCGAAAAUAAGCCCCUGGGCUUAUAUUUUUCAAAGGCCCUUUUUGAGGGGCUUAUUUUUGGAGGGGCUUAUCUUUGGAGGGAAAUUUGCAUUUCAAAAUCGAUAAGGCUAGCCUUAUCGAUGGAAGGAAAUUUACCGUUUUUGCUUUGUUUUACUUUAUAUUUGAGGGCAAUUUCCAAGUACAAGCCCCCGAGGGUCUUAUAUUUGAAGGGGGGAUUUAAUGGACAGUUUUUUGCGUUACAAGUUUGGGGGGCUUAUUUUUGGAAUUUUACAGUAUUGUAAUGUUGUGUUCUCUACUAAUAGAAACCAUGAUCACUUCUCAUGAACUGUUUUCAGUUUCUUCACUAUUAUUAAUUAUACUUAAGCUUUUCAUUGGAUCAUCAAAUGUCUGACAAUCUUUUCUUUNGUAGAGUCCUAUUAUAACACUGGCUUACAACAUAGUCAGGCUGCAGUUGGGUUUGGAAGUGCUCUGUCUGAUGUGGCUAAAACUCUUCAGAAUGAUAAAGAUAUAAGUGAACCUAUACUAAAGGUAAUAAAAUAUUUUUUAAAAAAGUCAUCUACUGGUACUGUAAAAUUUCGAAAAUAAGCCCCUGGGCUUAUAUUUUUCAAAGGCCCUUUUUGAGGGGCUUAUUUUUGGAGGGGCUUAUCUUUGGAGGGAAAUUUGCAUUUCAAAAUCGAUAAGGCUAGCCUUAUCGAUGGAAGGAAAUUUACCGUUUUUGCUUUGUUUUACUUUAUAUUUGAGGGCAAUUUCCAAGUACAAGCCCCCGAGGGUCUUAUAUUUGAAGGGGGGAUUUAAUGGACAGUUUUUUGCGUUACAAGUUUGGGGGGCUUAUUUUUGGAAUUUUACAGUAUUGUAAUGUUGUGUUCUCUACUAAUAGAAACCAUGAUCACUUCUCAUGAACUGUUUUCAGUUUCUUCACUAUUAUUAAUUAUACUUAAGCUUUUCAUUGGAUCAUCAAAUGUCUGACAAUCUUUUCUUUGUUACAGUUUGCGGAUAUGUUUCAGCGAAUUGAGUGCUACAGAGAUAUGUUCUUAAGUCAAACACAGAUCCUAACCCUUCAGCCACUUGUAGCUUUGACUAAGGAGUUUGAAAAGGCUAAGGUAAGCUUGACUGAGCAUUAUCCAGUAACAUAAGGUGGCAUUUUAGUAUUGAUAAGGAUUGUUUACCAUACAAUGUACUGUACAUGUACUGUUAAGUGGACUGUUAGUAAUGUUUUUGGGUGUCUUGAGCAGCUUAAGUCUUGAUUUAUUCUUUAUUAAUCUAUUUAUUUUUGUUGUUUACGACAUAUUAUGUUCAUGGUAUGAGAAUUGACAUAAAUUUUAAUUUUACAGGAUCUUCAGUCUCAAAUGCAAAAAGCUCGAGAUGCUUUGCAUGUAUCCUGGGAAAAGUUCUCCAGCGUUCCUCAUCUAACUAACUUGCAGGAGGUAAGGAAAUCUUAGAUAAAAUGUGAUGGCAGAUGUUGUGAUUUAAUUUUACCCUUGGUUUGAAUUUUGUUUUCCUAUGUUUUAAACUUGUUAUAGUAAGUUACCAUCUAAAAACAAAGGAUAGAAAAACUUGAAACUGAGGAUUAAAGUGAAGCAUUAGUUACAUAGAUGUAUUAAAGGUUAAAUUUGAUUUCUGGUGAAAAUCUUCUAACCUGGGUUGGUUCUUAAUUUCGUUUUUCUCCUUAUAUGCUGGGAGAAGUAAGAAACGAGGCUAAAUCAGCCCAGGUUGAAUCAAAUUAAACCUGAAAUGAAUUUUUGUCCUGUAAUAUAAAUACACCCAAUACUUUCUAUUGCAUCAGUGCUUUGUCAAACUUCAGAGGUUAUUGGCCCCAAACUUUACACUGUGAUUUUGCUUGUCAACAUCCCAUGUAGGGGACAGAGAUUGAUCAAGCGACCUAAAGUUGAUUUUGAAAUUAUCCUGUAACUUGUGACUUUAAAUCUGUAAUAUAACCUAUAACAAAAGAGUAAUACGGUCAACUCUCGCUAAGUUGGACACCUCUGGGGCUGGUACUAAGUGUCCGUCUUGGAGAGAUGUCUGUCUAAUAGAGAGUCAAAUAAAGAGGUUAAAGAAAGGCAGGGACCAACUCUAGGUGUCCAUUAUACAAAGGUGUUCGUCUUAUAGAGGUGUCCGUUAGGAGAGAGUUGACUGUAUCAUCUACCAUGAACAAGGUCCAGAAGUAACUUCUGGUCAAAUAAACAGAAGCAUUUCCAUGCAAAUACUCUAAAAAGAUCAUUGGUUUUUGGACUGAGACUCAUGGAUUCUGGUCAGUGACUCAAGAUUUUUCACAAUACAAAUAAAAUGAGUCCCACUGCUCACCAUAAUAGCAAUCUUUGACAAAAUCACUACUUCAAAAUUUCCUUCCAGCCUGCUGUACUAGACAAGUUGGCUCACAGUAUGCUACAUGCCAGACACAAUUAUCACAGAAUCCUGCUCAAAUAUGUGUCAGCUCUACGCGACAUUCACACUCUGAAGAAGGUAUUUGUUUAACUACAGUUUUAAUCAAUUACUUGAUACAUGUAAAUGCUGCAUUGUUUAUUUAAUUUUCCAACUUGUUGAUUCAUCACUUAAUUAUAUGAGGGUAUUAAUUUUUCAAGGGGCAGGGGACUUAUAUUUACUUCUUCUCAUUGGUUGAUGUGAAAUUUCGAUAAGUCGGAGGCCAACAGAUAUUACCUAGAGAUAUAUGUGUAGCAAUGAACUGCUUUCUGGUCUCUCAGCUGUCUCUCAUGCUUUGUCCACAGUUGAUAAUCAUUAAGUAGCACUGACUUGGUUUUUUCCUUGCAGGUAAUUAUUCUUCAGAAAGUGCUGGAACACAUGCUUGCCCAGUUCUCUUUCUUUAAUUUUGCUUACCAGGUACAGUUUUUUAGCUCUACAAUAAAUAAAUUGACCACUCCAGAAAAUACCAUAUUAUACCAUAANAAUUAUCACAGAAUCCUGCUCAAAUAUGUGUCAGCUCUACGCGACAUUCACACUCUGAAGAAGGUAUUUGUUUAACUACAGUUUUAAUCAAUUACUUGAUACAUGUAAAUGCUGCAUUGUUUAUUUAAUUUUCCAACUUGUUGAUUCAUCACUUAAUUAUAUGAGGGUAUUAAUUUUUCAAGGGGCAGGGGACUUAUAUUUACUUCUUCUCAUUGGUUGAUGUGAAAUUUCGAUAAGUCGGAGGCCAACAGAUAUUACCUAGAGAUAUAUGUGUAGCAAUGAACUGCUUUCUGGUCUCUCAGCUGUCUCUCAUGCUUUGUCCACAGUUGAUAAUCAUUAAGUAGCACUGACUUGGUUUUUUCCUUGCAGGUAAUUAUUCUUCAGAAAGUGCUGGAACACAUGCUUGCCCAGUUCUCUUUCUUUAAUUUUGCUUACCAGGUACAGUUUUUUAGCUCUACAAUAAAUAAAUUGACCACUCCAGAAAAUACCAUAUUAUACCAUAAUACUCCUUGUUUGUCACCCCAAAUUUUGCAUAAGCAUUGUUUUCAGAUCUCUUGGGGCCAUUUUAACUCCCAAGAGGGAGUGACAAACAAAGAGCAUUAUGGUAUGUUAUGGUAUUUCUGGAAUGGUCAAUAAGCUAGAAUGGAAUCUAAGGGGGAAGGAAAUUUAAGAUAACACAGUAGACCUUAAGGCCUGGUAUUAACUUGCCAUGUACCCUUAUUUUCAUUUAUUAACCUGCACAUCCUGUUAUUAUUAUUGGGUUAUCAUUAUCAUCACCAUCAUUAUUAUUUUUGUUAUUAUUAUUAUUAUUAUUAUUAUUAUUAUUAUUAUUAUUAUUAUUAUUAUUAUUAUUAUUAUUAUAAUUAUUAUUAUAUCUGAAUUCCCUUAAUGCUUGUUUUAAUUCUGCAGCAUCAUGUGGGAAAACAUUUAAAUUGGUCUGCUUUUUAUUUUCCUUUAAAACAUAAUAGUGAUGUUUUUUUUUCCAAUAGACUUUGAAAGACAUGGAACCAUAUAUGAAUGAACUUUUUCAAGAGCUUCAAAACACUCAUGCUAAACUAGAGGUGAGACUUUGUUAUGCCAGUUUUAUUCUAAUUUCCACUUUGCCAGUUAAUUGGUACACACUGCACAUACGUGUCCCUUAAGACAUUUUAUUUUACAAUUUAGUUCCUAUCACUUUACAUUCCCUACUUCUGAGCAAGGUUUUAGCUCGGUAGGGGCUCUCUUAGGGCACUUUCUAUUUAGCAAAAAAAUCAGCUUUUUCCAAAGGUUAAACCCAUUGACAAAAGAUGGGUGUGGGGAAGGUGGCUGGUGAAACCAGAGGGAGCCCCAAGCCAGCCUAGAAGGUAACCAUGACUACUUUGGUAACUUUGGUAACCAUGAUAACCCUGUGAGUGGCAACCACCAGGCACCAUCACACUGAGAACCUCAGUGGAGAAAUGCACGGAUACUUACCAAAAAAACAUCCAAAGGGUUGGGGGCAAAAACAGGUAAAGCUACUGCACACAAAGGCAAUGUUAACAAAAUGAUUGACUUCUGCGAAAGCGCUGUAAAAUUACUUUAGUUAAAGCUCCAGUAAAGCCCAAGACCGCCCCACAUACGAUUUGUGGUGGAGACUGCAGGCCAGCAUUGUAUCAUGUUUAACCUUGCCUUAAUUACAUUUAGCCACAUGUUUUUGCUAAAAACCACCUCCUUCGUGUUUACUUAUUAGGAUUUGACUGAUCUGGCUGAAUAUACAGUUUUGAUCAAAAGUGAUGGGAAUGGUCUGGCUGGUCCGUUCUUUUAGAUGGAAAACACCCUUAGGUUCCCAUACAGUUUUCUGUGUAAAAAAAUCUUGAUGUGGUUAAGAACUGUCGAACUUGCUGCACUAGAAUUAAAUUCAAUCCAAAUUUGAUCACUAAUCAGACAGUAAACAGUGGUGUUUUGCCUGGCGAAACUACAGCCACUGAUGUCAUCAUUGGUUAUUAUGUAAUGUUCGUGGACUGUCACUCACCAAGGGCUAGGAUUUUCCCCAGCUCCUAUAAUCAUGACCCGUGGCUGCUUUCACAGGAAAGCAAGAGAAAAACAAAACCACAGUUCUUUGAAUGUCCUUCAGUUUUAUUCCCCACCUCCUAUAACUGCAUACACCCAGCACUUUAAAAUCGUAGAAACUGCCCUGAUUUUUGGAAAAAUUUUUUUUGGAGUGUUAGAUUAGGAGUAUGAGUUUAAAACUUGUGAUUGCCUGUGUGCCAGCCAACCAAUGUGGUAAUGUUGAUGAUGGUGAUAUGAUGAUAAUUGUGAUGGUGAUGAUGAUGAUCAUGAUGAUGACAAACUAUGAGGAUGAUGAGGAAGAUGAUGAUGAUGACAGUGAUAGAAGUAAAACUAACAUUUCACUCAUCACAGGACAAACUCCAGGAAGAUGAGGAUGUUCAAGCAGCAAGUGAAGCUAGCAUUCUUACUCAGUAUCAGAAAGAUGCACAGUCUUUUGCCGAGCCACAGACAACUGUUCUUGGGUAAUACUAUAUGCAAUGUGCUGUAUGAAUUUCUGAUGUCCUUGCAGUGUACAUGUAUCUACGUAGAUCAUAUAAAUUUUUUCAAGUCUGUAGGCAGAUCAGCAAGCAAGGUGUGUAAACCUAUCAAUGUUGACCAAACAGGUUAUUUCAUUGCCAGUUAUGGAGGCAUCGACAGUUACAACAUUUCAAGGCAUUAUGCUUCACCAUUUGAAUGCCAACUUUUUCAUCUUUUUUCUGCUAGUUUUUGGGGAAAAAAUGUGAAAAUAAAUUUUGGCUUGACACUCACAAAAUUUAAUUUGUCUUAUUCACGCCGCAUGCACUUUGGAUGUCCCUAAGACCGUACACUUUUCGUAAAAAUUGUUUCUUUUUUUCCUUUAAUUAUUUGUUUGAGGAUCUUGUACUUAUGUGAUCCAAUGAUUUCAUGCUUAUUAGCCUAAGGUGAUGCAGCAGAUUUUUUGUCAGAUGACAAUGGAUUCAAUCUGAGUCACACGCACAUGCUCUAUUUUUACAGUUCAGCAACCCUCGGUCAUUCUGUUAAUGCAGUGAAUGCGCAGGCGGGCAAGUUCUUUAACAAGAUUGGUGAUUUGUUUCAAGGAAGCACUGCAGGUUUGUAGCCAAAAUGAUGCAUUAUAGAUUACUGUUGGCAUACUUUAGUUUAUUGUGUCUGAGUUAUUAACCAGCAUCAAAUUUAAAAUUUUUAUUUUACCCUCAGGUUCCAAAAAAUCUAGCAAGGAUGUUCAUCGCCAGGUACACAUGAGUUUUUGCAUUCUUUUUAUUUCCUUAAAUGAAGUUUACUUUGUGAUUUAAGCAUGGUGAAAUUUCAUCAUCAUAGUGCAUACUCAAGAAGUACUCACAGCUUGAAUUGGCUUGCACCCAGUGCAAGAUUUUUCUUCUCAGUUAUUUUGGACCUCGUUAGAAUUGCCUGAAACAGUUGUUGAAGUCUUCUUCAUGAAUCUAUUAUUCAUUCAAUUAACUUACAUUGUGCUGGGCCCAUCACUUAAACAUAGCUCACCUUAACCAAUGAUUUAAACAAUCAGUACACCUUCAAAUAUGUUUAAAUGUGAUUUAUUUCAAGUAUAGCAAGUGAUUACUAGCCCGCACAAUGUGCCUUCAUGAUGCUGCUAGCAGCAAAGGGAUAUUUAAAAAAAAAAGAUGAGCCAAACUUAGUCGCCCUCACAGCUGUUUAAGUGUUGUAAUGCAACACUCCUUCUCCAACCAACUCAACAUGGUUGCUUUUGAUAAAUUUGCAAGAAAAUUCCAAGGUGUCUUCUAAAAAAAGAAUAAUGUUUUUACCAAAAUGAAUCAUUCCAUAGGAUUCAGAAUGGGAAGUGAUUAACAAGCCCUCAGAGACAUCUUCCCCACAAGUCAACAGAAAAGAUCAAACGUCAUCAUCUUCACAUAGUAAAGCUGAACCACCCACCAGCCUACCAUCUUCACCAUCUAAGAAGAAGGAAGGCUCUUCAGCAACUUCUGAUGGUAUGGUAUUUGCUCCAUAUAAGAUAGAAAACUAUUAAACCCAUCUCAGAAUGGGAUGUAAAUAACAAAAUCUACUUACCUACAUGUGAUGACAGAUUUUUUGUGGGUGUGAAUUUGUUUUUUUAGCCACUUUACAAAGAAAGGAACAACUGAUUGAAUCCUUGCUUUAUUUUUUUCUAGAUGUUCCUCAAGAAAAAGUCAUUAAAGUUAUACCUGAUGAUCUACUCAGUCCAAGCUCCGAAGUUGGCCCAUCCAACAUAACCAGUAAACAGCCCAAUACAGACACUUCAAGACCUAUCCAGUGAGAACAUUAUGAUCUUACGUUAUAGCAUUUUGCGGGGCAAUUGCUUUGGAUGAUCAAAUGCAAAACACGACUGUCACUAGAAUUUCAAGGAGGCAGGGAAGCAGCUAGGGGUUUCAUUUGGUUUUAUUUUUCUUCUUUUCAUUUCUGUGAAAGUUGCCAGGGGUUAUGGUACAUUCCUUUUAGCUGGGGAAAUCCCCAGCCCCUAGCUCUUAAUGGCAGCCUUAGGGAAAUCUCUAAAAAGGAUUCAACAUACUAAAUUGGCUAAAAUCUAAAUAAUUUAAACUUAAUUCAAAAUAGCUUUUUGUUGUGACAAAUGUUGAGCACUGCCAUGUGCAAAAUUUACUUGCAUUCAAUAAUGUAAGUAAUUAUUCUGUUUUACAACCUUCCUUUCAGAAUUAUAGCAACAGGAGAGGGAACCUUGGCUAUUGACAAAAUCACUACUUCAAAAUUUCCUUCCAGCCUGCUGUACUAGACAAGUUGGCUCACAGUAUGCUACAUGCCAGACACAAUUAUCACAGAAUCCUGCUCAAAUAUGUGUCAGCUCUACGCGACAUUCACACUCUGAAGAAGGUAUUUGUUUAACUACAGUUUUAAUAAAUCACUUGGUACAUGUAAACGCUGCUGUGUUAAUUUAAUUUCCCAACUUGUUGAUUCAUCACCUAAUUGUAUAAGGGUAGUAAUUUUUCAAGGGCUGGGGACUUAUAUUUACUUCUUCUCAUUGGUUGAUGUGAAAUUCCAAUAAGUCGGAGGCCGACAGAUAUUGUGUAGAUAUAUACGUGUAUCAAUGAACUGCUUUCUGGUCUCUCAGCUGUCUCUCAUGCUUUGUCCACAGUUGAUGAUCAUUAUAAGUAAGACUGAUUCGUUUUUUUCCUUGCAGGUAAUUAUUCUUCAGAAAGUCUUGGAACACAUGCUUGCCCAGUUCUCUUUCUUUAAUUUUGCUUACCAGGUACAGUUUUUUAGCCCUACAAUAAAUAAAUUGACCACUCCAGAAAGUACCAUAAUACUCCUUGUUUGUCACCCCAAAUUUUGCAUAAGCAUUGUUUUCAGUUUCUCUUGGGGCCAUUUUAACUCGCAAGAGAAACUGAAGACAAUGCUUAUGCAAAAUUUUGGAGUGACAAACAAAGAGCAUUAUGGUAUGUUAUGGUAUUUCUGUAGAGGGUGGUCAAUUAGCUGGAAUGGAAUCUAAGGGGGAAGGAAAUUUAAGAUAACACAGUAGGCCUUUAGGCCUGGUAUUAACUUGCAGUGUGCCCUUAUUUUUAUUUAUUAACCUGCACAUAACAUCCAUUAUUAUUAUUGUUAUCAUCAUCAUCAUCAUCACCAUCACCAUCACCAUCACCAUCACCAUCACCAUCACCAUCACCAUCACCAUCACCAUCACCAUCACCAUCACCAUCACCAUCACCAUCACCAUCACCAUCACCAUCACCAUACAAGCAACUGCGUAUAUAAGUCACGAGGUGCCCCUGCUAGAGACAUCGGGCCACCCCUAAUAUAGCUGGGGAAACAGCUGACCAGCAUUGCUUCGAGGUUAACUUUGCCUAAAUUACAUUUAGCCACAUUUUAGCAUACAAUGUACUGUACAUACUGUUAAGUGGACUGUUAGUAAUGUCUUUGGUUGUCUUGAGCAGCUUAAAUUUUGAUUUAUUUGUUAUUAAUCUAUUUAUUUUUGUUGUUUACCACAUAUUAUGUUCAUGGUAUGAGAACUGACAUAAAUUUUAAUUUUACAGGAUCUUCAGUCUCAAAUGCAAAAAGCUCGAGAUGCUUUGCAUGUAUCCUGGGAAAAGUUCUCCAGCGUUCCUCAUCUAACUAACUUGCAGGAGGUAAGGAAAUCUUACAUAAAAUUUGAUGGCAGAUGUUGUGAUUUAAUUUUACCCUUGGUUUAAUUUUGUUUUCCUAUGUUUUAAACUUGUUAUUGUAAAUUAAUUACCAUCUAAAAACAAAGGAAAGAAAAACUUAAAACUAAGGAUUAAAGUGACGUAUUAGUUACAUAUAUAUGUUAAAGGUUAAAUUUGAUUUCUGGUGAAAAUCUUCUAACCUGGGUUGAUUGUUAAUAAUUUUCUUUUUUCUUCUUAUGGGCUUGGAGAAGUAAGAAAUAAGGCUAAAUCAACCCAGGUUGAAUCAAAAUAAAGCUGAAAUGAAAUUUGUCCUGUAAUAUAAAUACACUCAAUACUUUCUAUUGCAUCAGUGCUUUGUCAAACUUUAGAGGUUAUUGGCCCCAAACUUUACACUGUGAUUUUGCUUGUCAACGUCCCAUGUAGGGGACAGAGAUUGAUCGAGCGACCUAAAGGUGAUUUUGAAAUUAUCCUGUAACUUGUGACUUUAAAUCUGUAAUAUGACCUACAACAAAAGAGUAAUACAGUCAACUCUCGCUAAGUUGGACACCUCUGGGGCCGGUACUAAGUGUCCGUCUUGGAGAGAUGUCUGUCUUAUAGAGAGUCAAAUAAAGGGGUUAAAGAAAGGCAGGGACCAACUCUAGGUGUCUGUGAAACAAAGGUGUUCGUCUUAUAGAGGUGUCCGUUAGGAGACAGUUGACUGUAUCAUCUACCAUGAACAAGGUCCAGAAGUAACUUCUGGUCAAAUAACAGAAGCUUUUCUACACAAAUACUCUAAAAAGAUCAUUGGUUUUUGUACUCGGACUCAUGGAUUCUGGUCAGUGACUCAAGAUUUUUCACAAUACAAAUAAAAUGAAUCCCACUGCUCACCAUAAUAGCAAUCGUUGACAAAAUCACUACUUCAAAAUUUCCUUCCAGCCUGCUGUACUAGACAAGUUGGCUCACAGUAUGCUACAUGCCAGACACAAUUAUCACAGAAUCCUGCUCAAAUAUGUGUCAGCUCUACGCGACAUUCACACUCUGAAGAAGGUAUUUGUUUAACUACAGUUUUAAUAAAUCACUUGGUACAUGUAAACGCUGCUGUGUUAAUUUAAUUUCCCAACUUGUUGAUUCAUCACCUAAUUGUAUAAGGGUAGUAAUUUUUCAAGGGCUGGGGACUUAUAUUUACUUCUUCUCAUUGGUUGAUGUGAAAUUCCAAUAAGUCGGAGGCCGACAGAUAUUGUGUAGAUAUAUACGUGUAUCAAUGAACUGCUUUCUGGUCUCUCAGCUGUCUCUCAUGCUUUGUCCACAGUUGAUGAUCAUUAUAAGUAAGACUGAUUCGUUUUUUUCCUUGCAGGUAAUUAUUCUUCAGAAAGUCUUGGAACACAUGCUUGCCCAGUUCUCUUUCUUUAAUUUUGCUUACCAGGUACAGUUUUUUAGCCCUACAAUAAAUAAAUUGACCACUCCAGAAAGUACCAUAAUACUCCUUGUUUGUCACCCCAAAUUUUGCAUAAGCAUUGUUUUCAGUUUCUCUUGGGGCCAUUUUAACUCGCAAGAGAAACUGAAGACAAUGCUUAUGCAAAAUUUUGGAGUGACAAACAAAGAGCAUUAUGGUAUGUUAUGGUAUUUCUGUAGAGGGUGGUCAAUUAGCUGGAAUGGAAUCUAAGGGGGAAGGAAAUUUAAGAUAACACAGUAGGCCUUUAGGCCUGGUAUUAACUUGCAGUGUGCCCUUAUUUUUAUUUAUUAACCUGCACAUAACAUCCAUUAUUAUUAUUGUUAUCAUCAUCAUCAUCAUCACCAUCACCAUCACCAUCACCAUCACCAUCACCAUCACCAUCACCAUCACCAUCACCAUCACCAUCACCAUCACCAUCACCAUCACCAUCACCAUCACCAUCACCAUCAUCAUCAUCAUCAUUAUUAUUCUAUCUGAAUUGCCUUAAUUCUUGUUUCAAUUCUGCGGUAUCAUAGGGGAAAACAUUAAAAUUGGUGUUCUGCUUUUUAUUUUCCUUUAAAACAUAAUAAUUAUGUUUUUUUUUUCAAUAGACUUUGAAAGAUAUGGAACCAUAUAUGAAUGAACUUUUUCAAGAGCUUCAAAACACUCAUGCUAAACUAGAGGUGAGACAUUGUUAUGUCAGUUUUAUUCUAAUUUCCACUUUGCCAGUUAAUUGGUACACACUGCACAUAUGUGUCACUUAAAACAUUUUAUUUUACAAUUUAGUUAUGAUCACUUUACAUUCCCUACUUCUGAGCAAGGUUUUAGCUGGGUAGGGGUUCUCAUAGGUCACUUUCUAUUUAGCACAAAAAUCAGCUUUUUCUGAAGGUUAAACCCAUUGACAAAAGAUGGGUGUGGGGAAGGUGCCUGGUGAAACUGGAGGGAGCCCCAAGCCAGCCUAGAAGGUAACCAUGACAACUUUGUGAGCGGCAACCACCGGGCACCAUCACACUGAGAACCUCGGUGGAGAAAUGCGCAGAUACUUACCAAGAAAAACAUCCAAAGGGUUGAGGGCAAAAACAGCUAAAGCUACCACACACGAAGGCAAUGUGAACAAAAUGAUUGACUUCUGUGAAAGCACUGUAAAAUUACUUUAGUUAAAGCCCUGCUAAAGCCCAAGACCACCCUGCACACAAUUGGUGGUGGAGACUGCCGGCCAGCAUUGUCUUAUGUUUAACCUUGCCUAAAUUACAUUUAGCUACAUGUUUUUGCUACCACCUCCUUCCUGCAUACUAGCUAGGAUUUGACUAAUCUGGCUGGAUAUGUAAUUUUGAUUAAAAGUGACGAGAAUGGUCUGGCUGGUUAGUUCUUACAAUUGGAAAGCGCCCAAGUUAGAUUCCCAUGCAGUUUUCUGUGUAAGAAAACUUUGAGGUGGCUUACAACUGUGGAACUUGCUGCACUGGAAUUAAGUUCAAUCCUAAUUUAAUUAGACAGUAAACAGUGGCAACUACAGCCACUGAUGCCAUCAUUCAGGUUAUUAUGUAAUGUUCAUGGGCUGUCACCAAUGGCUAGGAUUUUCCCCAACUCCUAUAAUCAUGACCCCUGGCUGCUUUCACAGGAAAGCAAGAGAAAAACAAACCACAGAAUGUCCUUCAGUUUUAUUCCCCACCUUCUAUAACUGCAUAUACCCAGCACUUUAAAAUCGUAGAAACUGCCCUGAUUUUUGGAAAAAAAUUUUUUUGGAGUGUUAGAUUAGGAGUAUGAGUUUAAAAAUUGUGGUUACUUGUGUGGCAGCCAACCAAUAUGGUAAUGUUGGUGAUGGUGAUAUGAUGAUGGUGAUGAUGAUGAUGAUGAUGAUGAUGAUGAUGAUGACAGUGAUAGAAGUAAAACUAACAUUUCACUCAUCACAGGACAAACUCCAGGAAGAUGAGGAUGUUCAAGCAGCAAGUGAAGCUAGCAUUCUUACUCAGUAUCAGAAAGACGCACAGUCUUUUGCUGAGCCACAGACAACUGUUCUUGGGUAAUACUAUAUGGAAUGUGGUGUAUGAAUUUCUGAUGUCCUUACAGUGUACAUGUAUCUAGAUCAUAUAGAUUUUUUCAAGUCUGUAGGCAGAUCAGCAAGCAAGGUCUGUAAACCUAUCAAAAAAGAACUUGAUGUUGACCAAACAGGUUAUUUCAUUGCCAGCUAUGGAGGCAUUGACUGUCACAACAUUUCAAGGCGACAUGCCUCACCAUUUAAAUUCCAACUUUUUCAUCUUGUCUCCACUAGGUUCUGGGAAAAAUGUGAAAAUAAAUUUCAGCUUGACACUCACAAAAUGUCAUUUGUCUUAUUCAUGCUGCAGCACUGUGGAUGCCCCUAAGACCAUACACUUUUUGUAAAAAUUGUUUUUUUUUUCCUCUAAUUAUUUGUUUGAGGACCUUUUACUUAUGUGAUCCAAUGAUUUCAUGCUUAUUAGCCUAAGGUGGUAAAGCAGAUUUUUUGUCACAUGACAAUGGAUUCAAUCUGAGUCACACAUACAUGCUCUAUUUUUACAGUUCAGCAACCCUCGGUCAUUCUGUUAAUGCAGUGAAUGCACAGGCAGGCAAGUUCUUUAACAAGAUUGGUGAUUUGUUUCAAGGAAGCACUACAGGUUUGUAGCCAAAAUGAUGCAUUAUAGAUUACUGUUGGCAUACUUUAGUUUAUUGUGUCUGAGUUAUUAACUAGCAUCAAAUUUAAAAUUUUUAAUUUACCUUCAGGUUCCAAAAAAUCUGGCAAGGAUGUUCAUCGCCAGGUACACAUGAGUUUUUGCAUUCUUUUUAUUUCCUUAAAUGAAGUUUACAUUGAGAUUUAAGCAUGGUGAAAGUUAUAUAUCAUAGUGGAUACUGAAGAAGUAUUCACAGCUUGAAUUGGCCUGCACCCAGUGCAAGAGUUUUCUUCUCAGUGAUUUUGGACCUCAUUAGAAUUGCCUGAAACAGUUGAUUAAAGUCUUCUUCAUCUAUAAUUCAUUCAAUUAACCUACAUUGUGGCGGGCCCAUCACUUAAACAUAGUUCAACUUAAGCAAUGGUUAAAACAAUCAGUAGACCUUCAAAUAUGUUUAUAUGUGGUUUAUUUCAAGUAUAGUAAGUGAUUAUAUAGUCUGCACAAUGUGCCUUCAUGAUGCUGCUAACAGCAAAGGGAUAAAAAAAAGAUGAGCCAAACUUAGUUGCCCUCACAGCUGUUUAAGUGUCAUAAAUAUGCAACACUCCUUCUCCAACCAACUCAACAUGGUUGCUUUUGAUAAAUUUGCAAGAAAAUUCCAAGGUGUCCUCUUCAAAAAUGAAUAAUGUUUUUACCAAAAUGAAUCAUUCCAUAGGAUUCGGAAUGGGAAGUGAUUAACAAGCCCACAGAGACAUCAUCCCCACAAGUCAACAGAAAAGAUCAAACAUCAUCAUCUUCGCAUAGUAAAGCUGAACCACCCACCAGCCUACCAUCUUCUCCAUCCAAGAAGAAGGAAGGCUCUUCAACAACUUCUGAUGGUACAGUAUGUGCUCCAUAUAAGAUAGAAAACUAACCCAUCUCAGAAUGGGAUGUAAAUAACAAAAUCUACUUACCUACAUGUGAUGACAGAUUUUUUUGUGUGUGAAUUUGUUUUUCUUAGCCACUUUUACAGAGAAAGGAAUAACUGAUUGAAUCCUUGCUUUAUUUUUCCAGAUGUUCCUCAAGAAAAAGUCAUUAAAGUUAUACCUGAUGAUCUACUCAGUCCGAGCUCUGAAGUUGGCCCAUCCAACAUAACCAGUAAACAGCCCAAUACAGACACUUCAAGACCUAUCCAGUGAGAACAUUAUGAUCUUACGUUAUAGCAUUUUGCAGGGCAAUUGCUUUGUUUGAUCAAAAUAAUACAAAGCACACCUGUCACUAGAAUUUCAAGGAGGCAGGGAAUCAAGCAGCUAGGGGUUUCAUUUGGUUCUAUUUUUCUUCUUUUCUUUUCUAUGAAAGUUGCCAGGGGUUAUGGUGCAUUCCUUGUAGUUAGGGGAAAUGCCCAGCCCCUAGCUCUUGAUUACAGCCUAGGGGAAAUCUAUAAAAAGGAUUCAACAUACUAAAUUGGCUAAAAUCUAAAUAAUUUAAACUUAAUUCAAAAUUGUGAAAAAAGAAUUAAAAACUAAAGUUGUAUAGCUUUUUGUUGUGACAAAUGUUGAGCACUGCCAUGUGCAAAAUUUACUUGCAUUCAAUAAUGUAAGUAAUUAUUCUGUUUUACAACCUUCCUUUCAGAAUUAUAGCAACAGGAGAGGGAACCUUGGCUGAAACGUCUGUUGGUUUUGGGCAAUGUAAGAGAGGAUACUUAAGGAUAAAACAGAAGGGCUUUCCCAAGUCAAGAUGGCCACUACUGGUAAACAAGUCUAACUUCAUCUACACCUAACUGAAAUUCUGUAGAACCUUUUUGUUGCACUCCCGUGGAAGAGAUUGAAAGAGAAAAAAAAUGAUGAAUUUGCUUUAGACAUGGUAUUGGCCAAUGAUAGUAAUUCGUCUACCACUUUAAAAGAUUAAGAAUUGCUUAAAAUAUGAAUUGAAAGCAAAUUAACAGUUCCACUUAACUGUAUUGUUGAAGAAGUCUCAUUUUUAAGCUCACAGACCUUUGGAGUAAGAAUUUUAAGAAUUUAUCAAAACCUCUGAGUGGAUAGGAUAAUUUGUGUUUCAGCAGUGUCUUGGCUAGUUUGUGACACAAGUGAAGAAACAUUCAUUGUAACUCAUUCACAUGUAUUUUGAUGGCAUACAACGUGCAAAGAAAAUAGUGUCCGAUAACCUGGGGCUAGUGGAUUUUGCUAUCGGGCUAGUGAAUUCUGUUCUUAAAUUGCCUGACAGGCAAGUGAAGAUUUUUGGGGUAUUCAGAUUACAAAAGAAUGGGUAAACAAUCCUGCUCGUCCAAAACUUUUUUCGGGCUAGUACAUGCUAGCUACAGCUUGCCUGAAGAGCAAGCUGCAAAAUUGGCUUUCUUUGCACCCUGGACCAGGUUUUUCGAAGCUAGGUUAAGAUACCCCAGGGUUAGUGCGAGAUUUGAAUUCAAAUAUGAGAGCUUAAAAAGCAAAUUUAGCUUAAUUUCUUUGCCUACAAUUUGAUGAUUGGAUACUCUAAAAACAACAAAGAAAAUUAUCCGAGAAAGUGCUUUUGACAGUAAGAAAAAGAAACCCGGGUUAAAAUUUAACCUCAGGUUAGCGUUAACCGGCAUUCGAACAACAGGGCCCAGGGCAUCUCACAUUAAGAGGGCAUAUUUGAUGUACUUUGCUGUUCUGUUAGUACUUCAUUGUGGAUCAAAAAGAUGGCAGAUUGUUAGCCCAAGGUCAAGAACAGGUCAUGCCAUCAGUGAUGGAAAAUCUGUUGCUGUGCACAGUGAAGUUGUGUGAAUCAUCAGAUGCAGACAGGAAUAACUGCUUUCAGGUACAUGUAGAUACUCAGAGCUGUAAAAUUAGAGUUGGUUUUACUGAAACCUGUCCAGCAAAUAGCUGUAAUUAAUUAUCCUGCUCUUUCAGACUUCUAAAACAAGCCAUUGUUGUUCAUGUAUGUGUUGCUAAUAGUUACUGACAACCUUGUCGCAUGUAUUAUUAUUUUAAUUCUGUUCAAUAAUAAUAAUAAUAAUAAUAAUAAUAAAAUAUUUAUAUAGUGCCAAUAUCCUUUAAGUUCAAAAGUGCUUAACAAGAACAAUAAAAUAAUAAGAAGAAAAUUAAGAAAAAGCUUCCAAUCUUAAGACUAAAAUAAAAAUGGUAAAAAAGUUAUAAAAAAAGUUAUAAAAAUGCUUUUUUAAAAAGAAAAGUUUUAAGUCUGUUUUUAACAUUCAGUAAGGGCUCACCUUCAAUUUAUUGCUACCAGAAUGAUAUUAUACUUGGCAACUUUUGUAACUACUGGUUAUUAAUAUUUAUUUCAUUUUGUUUGCAGCUUAUAUCACCAUCUAGUGAAAGAAUUUUCCAAGCUGUCACUGAUCAAGAAGUACAAGAGUGGGUUACAGCAAUUCAGGUAACAUAAGAGACUCUGAGUCCAUUAGUUAUUUUGUGUCAAAAAAUUAAUGCUGUAGAAGAGAGCUUUUACAAAGAAUUCUUUCUUUUAAUGGCAGUUGUUGAGGGGUGUGGCCAUGUCAGGCCCCCUUUAGUUCCAUUCAGGUUUAGUGGGGAUUGUUUUAUAAGUCUCUCCACUGAGCUGAAAAUACCAUGUAGCAUUGCUUCAAUUUUGUAGUUGGUAGGAUCUAAUGUCUCAGAUGCUACAUGCCUGUGGUUGAAAUAGCAGUGGGCUACAAUAGAAUCCAAUUGAGGAAGUAUGAGAGNUAAAACAAGCCAUUGUUGUUCAUGUAUGUGUUGCUAAUAGUUACUGACAACCUUGUCGCAUGUAUUAUUAUUUUAAUUCUGUUCAAUAAUAAUAAUAAUAAUAAUAAUAAUAAAAUAUUUAUAUAGUGCCAAUAUCCUUUAAGUUCAAAAGUGCUUAACAAGAACAAUAAAAUAAUAAGAAGAAAAUUAAGAAAAAGCUUCCAAUCUUAAGACUAAAAUAAAAAUGGUAAAAAAGUUAUAAAAAAAGUUAUAAAAAUGCUUUUUUAAAAAGAAAAGUUUUAAGUCUGUUUUUAACAUUCAGUAAGGGCUCACCUUCAAUUUAUUGCUACCAGAAUGAUAUUAUACUUGGCAACUUUUGUAACUACUGGUUAUUAAUAUUUAUUUCAUUUUGUUUGCAGCUUAUAUCACCAUCUAGUGAAAGAAUUUUCCAAGCUGUCACUGAUCAAGAAGUACAAGAGUGGGUUACAGCAAUUCAGGUAACAUAAGAGACUCUGAGUCCAUUAGUUAUUUUGUGUCAAAAAAUUAAUGCUGUAGAAGAGAGCUUUUACAAAGAAUUCUUUCUUUUAAUGGCAGUUGUUGAGGGGUGUGGCCAUGUCAGGCCCCCUUUAGUUCCAUUCAGGUUUAGUGGGGAUUGUUUUAUAAGUCUCUCCACUGAGCUGAAAAUACCAUGUAGCAUUGCUUCAAUUUUGUAGUUGGUAGGAUCUAAUGUCUCAGAUGCUACAUGCCUGUGGUUGAAAUAGCAGUGGGCUACAAUAGAAUCCAAUUGAGGAAGUAUGAGAGCAAAUUUUUUCCAAAUCAAUACUUGUUUUUCUUUAGAAAGCAACUGCUGAUGCCUUAAGAAAUUCUAAAGCAAAGCUACAGGUGAGUUACACGUAGACCUAAGUUGUCAUAAUAAUAAGUAAUAAUUAAUAAUUAUUAUUUAAUUAAUUUAAUAAUUAUAAAUUAAUAAUAAUUAUUAUUAUUUAAUUAGGAUUUUUAGUGUUUGUGGUAAUUAUUACCAUGAACACUAAAAAUCCUAAGCGUGGAGGAAAUUAAUGUAGUAAAAUAAGACGCAUUGAGUAGAAAAUAAUGAUAUUUAAAUCAAACAAACAAACAAGAAAAACAUUUAUUAAUUUUGAUUUACGAACUGUAUUAUUUUGUCCUUGAGGGUGCCAUUAAGUCUUAGUCCUCCACCCUCCCUUCCUUCGGUUAUUGGUUCAUCUGUAUGUACCAGUAUCUUGCAUUGGUCUCCGUAAAAGUAAGAGGUUUGAAUUAUUUCUCUUAAGUAACAUAAUUUAAGCAUGUUUCAUCAUCAUCUUUUUAAGUAUACAUUUAUGUGAAUGUAAGCCACCCAAAACUUGGCUUUAAAUUUUAUAAUUCAUUGUUACCUUUUUGUAGCAUGCAUAUUACCUAGUGAUCUCUAUUUUUGUCACGAAGAAAUAGGUUGCAAAAAACUGCCUUUAAAACCGAUCAACAUGGUCUUUUUGUUUUAGUCACUUGCGAGAUCUCAAGUAGGCCUAUCAACUUCUGCAGCCAAUUCAAAGAAAGUGUAUGUUUCAAAUGCUUCCGAGAGGAUAAGAAAGAUUGAAGGCAAUUCAUACUGCGCUGACUGCUCAGCACCACGUGAGUAAACUUACUGUCAAUACUGAUCUAUCUACUUUGUAGUUUCUCCUUAAAGAACAUUAGUACAAAAUUUGGCAGAACUGUUAUGAGAAUAAUUUUAAAGAUCUGAUCAUCAGGUAGUGGUAGUGGCAUGAAGAGGCAGCCAUUGUGUUGGAAGUAGCAGCAUUAACUAGAUACAGUUUGUUAUCCCUUGUAUGACUGUAAGUUCUUUUACAAUAAGAUUGACCACCACUGUUUUAUCUUUGCUGUGUUUGUUUUGUAAAUAUGAUACAGUAUCUGUUAAUAUAUCAUGACCUUUUCAUCCCUAACACUUGCUAGAGUAAAAAAUUCACAAAAAUUCCAAAUUUCUUUUUGUAAAAUCCUCACAUUUAAUUGUAAUACUGUUCAAAAGUUCUGCAAAAGAGGUUUUAUUGGAAUGGUAACACCAUGGGAUUUUGUCCACAGAUUUAUAAUGAUCAGUCACGUCAUAACUUGGUCCAAGGUUAACAUAAAAGUGCAUAUCUAACAUCAGUCAUAUUUGAUGUUACUCUGUUUGUUGUAGGGCCAGACUGGGCAAGCAUUAACUUAGGAAUCUUAGUUUGUAUUGAAUGUUCCGGAAUACAUCGGAGUCUAGGAGUGCAUGUAUCUAAAGUGAGAUCACUGACGUUAGACAGAUGGGAGGAACAGACUGUUAAGGUAGCAUAUUUGUUUUAAAUUUACUUUUUAUUGAAUGCAACUGAUAUACUCAUCAUCUACACGAAAAGUGGAAUUUUUUGUGUUUUCAUUUUCUAAAACGUGUGGUUAUCUUAGCGAUAUAUAUGUCGUAGUUAUUUUUUAAAAAAAAAGAAUGAGUCAUUGGACAGAUUGUUAACAUCCUCUUAUUAACAGUGUAUUGUCCUGUCUGGGAGCUCUUCAUUUUCUCAGUUAUUUAUCAAUCCAGGGCAACCUGGAUUUCAUAGAUUCAAAACCUUUUGGCCACUUUCUGGUAGCUACUGGUUUAUUUUAGGAGUGCAACACUAAUUUGGUUCACUGAGAUAGUGUGCUACUUUCAGCCAAAUUUAGGGUAUAUGCAUUAUUGAAUAUUGGCUAAAAAAAAAGGAACAAGAAAAAAGAACAAGCCCAACAUCCUGGCCCAUAUAUUCAGCCAUCCUGACCAAACAAGCUUGGUUAGAAACUUGUUGAUUGUGUAUUCCAUUUCCUCUCUUUUUCACCAGUAUAUGGAGUCCCUGGGAAAUACAAAAGUAAAUAGAAUAUAUGAAGGAAAUCUUGGAGAAUAUAAAAAACCUGCAAGAGAUUGUUCAAAGUAAGUUAGAUUACCACAUGUUUUUCUGACAUAGUGUUCCCACUUGCAUCUAGAAAUGCACUCAAUGACAAAUAUUUUUUCGUCCUGACAGGGAAGAGAGAAAAAAGUACAUUGUCACGAAAUACAUAGAUCAACGAUUCUUCGUCCCUGAGGAAAGCACAGAUAAAGAACUUCAAGAAGUUAUGAAAAAUAGACCGCCGGGAGAAGGGGAAGAUGAGCUGUUUAACGACUCUGCAGAGGUAUGAUGACCAGGAACAACAACGUAGCCCCCAUGCAAUGCAUUUAUAUGGAGAAAAGUUGUCAUGGGAAGAAGGCGCACCCUCCUACCCAAGCUACUUUGGACGAACCAACCUUUCCUACACUUCCUUGCAAAAAUUGGUGAACCAUUUAAAACAGAAGCAAAAAGUUCCCUCGGCUAGAGGGUUGAACCGCCGAGUGGGUCACCCAUUUGCGACGGUAGGGUCACCCUCAUAGCUGGCCCAACAUUUCUCCAUAUAAAGUAAAACACUUUGGCUGGCUCAGCUAGGAGAUUUGGUGACCCCUACGAGAGACCGACAGAUUGUUGCUGUCAAUCUUGGUGCUGAGUAUAAUCUAGGAUCCAGGAGGUUUCUCAUAUAUGAAUUAUUAGAAUGUAGAAUUUUUCUUAAAUCUCAACUCAGGUAAGUAAAAGACCAACUUUAUUUUCUGUGACAUAACCUAUACUAUGCUCUCAUUUCUAUUAGUUCCUAGAUUUUCUGCAGCAGAGAUCGAUUCAAGGAUCUAGUCCCGUUUGUUUAGUGGAUGACUGCAAGGUAUAAAAACCUGCUUUAUUUUAAGUACUAAUGUAUUUAGCUCAAAGUACUAAUUGAGGUACUGGUUGAAGUAAUUAUGACGAGUGACGCACAAUAACCUAAUGGUAUAGGUUAGCCAAGAAGCUAUCACGAAUCUCUAUUUUUUUAGGGAGCUUAAGCAACAACGCAGGUGACGGGCAGUGAAACAUCUCUGAAAUACUGAAUUUGCAUGGCUCCAAACUUUAUCACGACUAUUCUACCUCGUCCUUGUUCAAAUGUGCGCGAAUUUUUCUAGAGCUGAAUUCCAAAGAGUUAUGAAAAAGAAAGAAAAUCGUUUUCUUGCAUUCAUGUCUUCUAUAAAAUGUGAAAUUAGGUAUUUUUUUGCAUCUUAGUAGUGUAACGACGGCAAAAAAGCGUGCAGCACGUGCCAAGUUGUUGUUUUGCUUAUUCUAAACCUGUUGCUUUUUUGCCAUUCUUGUUGCUGUUGCCGUCAUUGUUGCUCGAGCUCGUUAUUGGCCUUUGAAAAGAUUAAGGGUCUUUUUUGGCUUCAUUUGUCUGUGUUGUUAGCUAAUUUAAAAAGUUCUACACACUUAAACAAUGUCCUGUUCGUGCAAUUCUACCAUAUCGUUGUUUGACAGUUUUCGUUUUUGGUCCUCAAAAUCUCAACGUGCCAGUCCUUACUUUAAAUUUAUGGAAGUGGCGCCUGUCAGCCGUCCCCAACCCCUCACCUUGCAGACCUCAAACAUCUCAGUUUUGCCUUUCCAUAACAGCAAUACAUGAGGUUAAUACCGUUAUUGUUGAUGCAUUGUACCAACAUCACUCAUGUUAUUAUAAGACCAUCCGCAAGCAUUAUAAUAUUAUUCCUCUCAUUCAGAUAUCAUUUUGAUCUUGUGUUUUCUAUCAGGAAUGUGCGUCAUCCUCAAAUUGUGUUCACAAGGGACAAACAAAUGGACAGUUCGCAUCAUCUCAGUUAAUUGUCACCCCCCAGGAAGGUGAAGAAAGCGAAUGUUGACUUGGAGUGGCAGUGUUGGACUAUUGAUAUAAAAAUUAAUACUUAUCUUCUAAAUUAUUUUUUGGGAUUAAAACUGUGAAAGAAUACUUGGAAAAUAUGUGAAGGUGGACGGAGAGAUCCGUAGAGCAACCAAGCCUGAAACAAACUUUCCUCUGUUGCACAAUAGUAUUAUUACCGUGAUGUGAGUCAUCAAAUUUGAACUCACCAUGCAUCGUGUCAAACGAAGUGAUUUCUCUCUCAGAGAGGAAACAAACCUCCAAUCAUGAGGCAACUACAUGUAUAUAAGUCCCUCUCAGUGACGCAUGACAGCUGUUAACUGAAAUAAUCCAAAAAUCAAGGUGGCAGUUACACGGUGACUCUUAUGAAAAUGGCUCAUGCUAGCUAGACCUUCCACAAAGAUUUUUCUGGUCAUGGGAAAUUCAAGCACAAAGAAGAAUUUUUUCGUUCCGUCCCUCCUCACACUUGGUUUUUGUACAUUUUAUUCACACUCUCUGCAUAUUUGGUCAACUUGUCGAGACUCAUAUAUGUUUCAAUUUGGUAGUGUUAUUUUACUGUUCCCCAGAAAAAAGAUAUGUUUGAACACAUUGUAGGUGACUAUUGCUUGAAAUUUAUUCAUUACAAGUUCAAGUAUAAUUUAAAAAAACAACAUUUACCAUACUUGUGGACAGGAUCGAGCGGCAAGGAAUAUCGGAAUUACAAAAUGAUUUUUUUUUUCAAUUGUGGAGUAAAAUCUAACGGUGCACAAACCAAGAAAUGGCAAAAAAAAAAUAAAUAAUGGGGGCAGAAGGAAAAGAGGAAAAAAAGAGGGAGAUAAGAGAUUAAUCAAUCCUUUCCCCUCUCCCCUUUCAAGCCAUUUCAAACAGUGUCUGAUUAUGUGACAUAGGUGAGUGAAUUGCAAUUAUUGCAAUAUUAACCUGUAGUAAUAAAAAAACUCAGUCACCAUGAGUGUGUUUUAGACAUAAAAUGUUAUUUAUUUGCUUGCAGAUCUAAUAAUUAGUUUAUAAUUCAAGAUAAUGAAUGUAACAUUUUACUCCAUGUAAAUGAGUGGGCAGUGACCAUGUAUGGUUGUGUAAAUUAUAAUAAGAAGUGUUAUAAUAAACUGGCGGUGAUAUACAGUACAGUGUAAGUGUGCACUAGCACUUUGAUAAAAGUGAGUGAAUAAC